AUGCAAAGCUCUGCUCCAGAAUUCGACUCUCCACAUGCUAGCGAAGACACAGUAAAGCGAAAGUGGUUCACGCACAUGUUGCCAUCGAUACAAAAACAGCCUAGCGAAGAGUUCUCAGAAACUGGGCCAAUUUGGCAAGGUCAGACAAAUGCAAACGAGUCGUAUCGAGUUGGUCUUUCUCAGAAACUUCGGCCACGCAUGGAGGAUGAGGCACUGCCAACCUCCGAGCAGCUCAAUCUAUUUGCCAAGCUCUACUUUCAUCGGUUCCAUCCUCUUUUACCGGUUAUUCAUGCCCCUUCGUUCCGGCCAACUGCAGAAAACUCUUUACUAUUCUUGUCGAUCUGUUCUAUUGGCAGUCUCUUUGUGGGAUCCUCACGGGCAGUGUCCCAAGGCGAAAGGAUAUUUGAACGGCUCAACAAGGCCAUUCUAGCUUCAUGGGAGUCUUUCUUGUCUCAGAGCAAGCCAGAUGCAUUAUCAAUGGUCCAGGCGGCUAUUCUCGGACAGACCUAUGCUAUUCUAGCAGGAAAGCCGAAGUAUCUCGUCUUGGCGGAUGUACUGCAUGGGACAGUCGCAGCAUGGGCUCGCGAGGCGAAUAGACUGGGCUCUCAUUGUUCCCAAUCUCGGAAUAUCUCAAAUGAGACUGAUCUUGAGGGAAGCUGGCAUUUAUGGAUUGACACCGAACAGCGAGCCAGAGUUCAAGUCGCCCUGAACAUUCACGACGCUGAACUCGCAAUGCUGCUCCACCAUCAGCCAAUUCGAAGUCAUCGAUUCCGACAGUAUCCUUGUCUAGCGUCUGACGCUUUAUUUGUCGCGCCCACAGCUUCAAAAUGGGCGUCUCUUUAUCGACAGUCUAUGGAAACAGAGCCCCAGAGUCCCUCUUACGCUCGACUAUCCCGCACAUCAGACCCAUUCCCGAGCACAGGGCUAAAAUCUCGCUUUACGGCAUACGGUGUGCUCGAAAGUAUCAACGCCCGCCUCGUGGACGCCAAACAAUCGCAAGAAUUCGACCACAUUAUCUGCCAUGAGAUAUCCAAUCUUCUGAUAGAAUGGUGGCAAACAUACUAUACAUCGAGCAAAGACCCAUUCUGCCUGCCAGUACUCUGGCACUCGAUCUUUAUCUCCCUCUACGCGGACCUCGACCUUCUAGAGCAAGCGAUCGGUCGAGACGGCCAAUGCCCGAGCUUAGAAGCUUCAACGCCCGUCGCCGAAUGGGCAUGUUCUCUCAACGCGAGCCGCUGUCUUGUACACGCUUCUCUAAUCGCACAACACCUUGAUAACAUGAGUAUCUCCGCCGAGGCAGCCAUACAUGUCCCACGGGCACUAUUCUCCGCAGCUUUGGCAUAUCUAUGCGUCGCGCAAUACGCACCAAAACAUGUCGUGAGCGUCGAGGCUUUUGCGUCUCCGGAGAUUAAAAUUUUAGGAGAUGACGUUACUCGGGGAGUUUUUUUCCCGGAGAAUUUGCAUAGUGCUGGGGAGUCUAUGGUUGCAGACUUGGAUUAUUUGUAUCGAUUGAUUGAUUUGUUGCAGCGGGGUGGGAGAUGGGGGAUAUCGCAGUCUUUUGCCAAUGUACUUUCUACGGCGUUGGAGGAGGGGAAGGGAGGUAGAUCUUCUCUAUAG